GCUGGACAUCGGCAAUUGGGUAAUUAAUUUGGAAUUACACUUACAACCCUUUUGCCUUUUCUCUCUCCUCAAAUCCCUGUUACUUGUUAGAGCUCCUCCACAGCUCUAACUCAUCGCAUUCUCUCUUCAAUUUUUCUCGGUUUAUCUCAACACCAAUUUUAAGUAGUCAUGGCCGGAAAUGCUCCUGAAGGAUCACAGUUUGAUGCCCGUCAGUAUGACAACAAAAUGAGCGAAUUACUUUCUGAAGAAGGAAGUGAUUUUUUCACCUCUUAUGAUGAGGUUUAUGAAAGCUUUGAUAAGAUGGGUUUGCAUGAGAAUCUUCUCAGAGGAAUUUAUGCUUAUGGUUUUGAGAAACCCUCUGCUAUUCAACAAAGGGGAAUUGUUCCUUUUUGCAAAGGUCUUGAUGUGAUUCAGCAAGCACAAUCUGGUACUGGAAAGACAGCUACUUUCUGUUCUGGUAUCCUGCAGCAGUUGGACUAUGAGUUAGUGGAUUGCCAAGCUCUUGUUUUGGCUCCUACCAGAGAGCUUGCUCAACAAAUUGAGAAGGUCAUGCGUGCUCUUGGUGAUUAUUUGAAUGUUAAGGUUCAUGCUUGCGUCGGAGGAACAAGUGUUCGGGAGGAUCAAAGAAUCCUUGCUGCUGGAGUACAUGUUGUUGUUGGUACUCCUGGACGUGUUUUUGACAUGUUGCGUAGACAAUCUCUUCGAGCUAAUAAUAUCAAAAUGUUUGUUCUUGAUGAGGCUGAUGAGAUGCUUUCUCGAGGUUUUAAGGACCAGAUUUACGACAUUUUCCAGCAACUACCGCCAAAAAUCCAAGUCGGAGUAUUUUCUGCUACUAUGCCUCCUGAGGCCCUUGAGAUUACCAGAAAGUUCAUGAAUAAGCCUGUUAGAAUUCUAGUGAAGCGAGAUGAGCUCACCCUCGAGGGUAUCAAGCAAUUCUAUGUGAAUGUUGACAAGGAAGAGUGGAAGCUCGACACUCUUUGUGACCUUUAUGAAACCUUGGCAAUCACCCAAAGUGUCAUCUUUGUGAACACUAGAAGAAAGGUUGACUGGUUGACCGAUCAAAUGAGAAGCCGUGAUCACACAGUAUCAGCCACACAUGGUGACAUGGACCAGAACACUAGAGACAUCAUUAUGCGUGAGUUCCGUUCUGGGUCAUCUCGUGUCCUCAUUACCACUGACCUCCUUGCUCGUGGUAUAGAUGUGCAACAAGUAUCAUUGGUUAUCAACUACGAUCUGCCUACCCAACCAGAGAACUAUUUGCAUAGGAUAGGACGUAGUGGUCGAUUUGGAAGGAAGGGUGUUUCAAUCAAUUUUGUUACCCGUGAGGAUGAGAAGAUGCUUUUUGAUAUCCAGAAAUUCUACAAUGUCGUCAUUGAGGAACUCCCCGCCAAUGUUGCUGAUCUUAUAUGAUGAUUGCUGGUCGUCUUUUGUUUAUGCUUCUUAGCAAGAAAGUCGUUUUGUCUGUCCGAGUAGUAAAGUAUCAAUUAUAGUUACCAGUCUUAAUUGUUAUGUGUUCUCGUAUUAUUUCUCCUUUCUGGGAAUAUCUGCAACCUUUCUCUGACUUAUGUGGUUUUUCAACUAAUUUUUGUAGGAUAUUUGAGACAUUUUAGUUGUACUCUUGGUAUUUUAGGUACAGGGAGAUUAUUACUACCUUUUCUUGUUGGGUUAUAUCUUUUCUGCUUUUCAAGUGGAUUUGUUUUUGAAUAUUAACUCUAUAAUUUUUAAUUAUGUUAAAUUUGACGGCUUGAAUAA